AUGCCACCAAAAAAGAAGAAAAGUGCCAAGAAGAAAGAUGAUAAGGACCUCCAAACAGAAGAAAAAUAUAACCAGGCUAUGGGAGAGGUUAAAGCCAUGAAAGAUUGCUUGGCCCUUCGCCAUUCAAUGCUGAUUCAAGCCAAAACAAACAGUGAAGUGUGUCACCAGCAAUUGGAACAAAUCCAGAAAGAACUCCAGACCCAAAAGUCUGACUAUAAAGCUGUUAGUGCUGAUAUGACUCGGCAAUACAAAACAAUGCAAUCAGAGAUGACUGGUCGUAUCCAUUUGCUGGAAACAGAACUUGCCCACUUUAAACUCAAUCUCAAGGAGACUGAAAAGCUAUUGACAAAAGAAAAGGAAGAAAAAAGAAUUUUGAUCCGAGAUAAAAAUAAUGAGAUUAGCGCUCUCCAACAGAAAAUAAACAGUCUACAAGGUUCCUAUGAAGCCAUUCUACACGAAGCCUUGGACAACCUGAUGAAUUUAAUUGAAUUAGCAAAUGAACAGUGGAAGGAACAGUCAAGAAUGAUUCAAGCCAAAAACAUGAAGACAUUAUCUCAGUUUGGUUUAAACCCUUUAGAUUUGUAA